UUUCGCCUGGUUCUUGAAAUUCCAUACAAAGUUCCAGCUUGUCGAUCAUUCUCUCCGAAAUGUUUCCUCUCAUCAUUCUGUUACAUGUCAGUGUUUUAUCACAUCGGUUUCAUCCUUCCAGUGCACGAGUUCAGGUGGUACCUGCAAGCGGUACAAAUGAUGGAGGUGAUUUCAAGUGUGCUCCCGUGUUCAAGAAAAUGGCAGCAGUUGUUGCCAAGGAAGGUGCAUCUCUUGUGAAGAAGAUAAAGGGCACAUAUAGCUUUAAGGUGACAGAUGGACCCGGAGGCAAGCAGGGUACCUGGUUUGUAGAUUUGAAGAAUGGAAACGGAGCAGUACGAUUUGGAGAUAUGACCGAAGCUGAUUGUACAAUCACGAUGACUGAUGAUAAUCUAACUGCCUUGAUGACAGGGAAGCUGUCGGGAAUAGCUGCAUUCUUCCAAGGCAAGCUUAGUAUCAAAGGAAGCUGGGGACUGGCGAUGAAGCUGAAGAAACUAAAACCACCGAAAUCAAAACGCUAAACUUGACGCAAUCCUGGGUUAACCCUUUCACGUCAGAGGCUAUCAAAACCUGUUAAAUGCAUGACUGGCCUCAAAAUCAGUACUACAUGGAGUUCAAUAAAUGCAAUAGUUUCUGUAUUUUCCACGGAGUUCUGACUUUGGUGACAUGUCUGUCAUCCUCUGCUUCAUCAUAAUGAAUACAUCAAGAUUAGAUGUCACAAUCCCUGAACAGCUGCCAGGGUUUUUUUAACAUUUGGGCUUGUCGCUGCCAUGUUCCAAUCGACAGCCAUUCUGAAGUCCCUGUGACAAAUGACUAUCACAGUCAGGUUCUUACAGACAGUCACCUGCCUGAUGAAAGAUCCCUCCUGGAUGUGACGUAGUCCGAGAUGCCCAAGUUGAUUAAAAGUAAAAAAACUUGAGGGUAAAGAUGCAAUAACUGUACAUCUGGAGUCUGGCCUCAUCUCACUAGAUAUGAAAAUACAAACAAAAGAAUAAUAUUCUAUCAAAACAGUAACUGUUCCU